CAGGGCCGCGCCGCGCGCGGGGAACUACAGCUCCCGGCGGCCCCCGCGCCGCCGCGCGCAGAGAAGAUGGCGGCCGCCACGGGGCGUGCGGCGGCAGCGCCGGCGGGAUACACGGCUCUGGCGGUGAAGUUCGCGGAGCGGCAGCGCUCGCAGCACUGCCUGCUGGUGAAGGAGCACCAGGUGCGGGAAGGGGCCGACGCCGCGCACCCGCCUCGCCGCACCCUCUUCGUCCUCAACGUGCCCCCGUACUGCGGCCCGGACUCUUUGUCUAGGCUGUUCUCUCGCUGCGGGCAUGUGCAGUCUGUGGACAUCUGUGACAAGCCAGGGCCAGGAGAGAAAAAAGAUAAACUGGCGUCCAAAUUCUUCGACCACAAAACUCUAAAGGGAUUUCAAGUAGCAUACGUGGUGUUCAGGAAACCAGCAGCUGUCCAGGCAGCCAAGGCUCUAUCACAGGAAGGUCCCUUGCUAAUAUCAACAGAGAGCCACCCUGUGAAAACCGGCAUUAGCAAGUGGAUCGCCAGCUAUGAGGCCUCCAUCGUGGAUCCGAAGGAGCUGAAGGCUGAGGUGGAUGCCUACAUGCAAGACUAUGAUAAAAAGAUGGCAGAGGAAGAAGCCAAAGCCGCCAAGGAGGAGGGUGUUCCGGAUGAGGAGGGCUGGGUGAAGGUGACCCGGAAGGGCCGGAAGCCCGGCCUGCCCCGGACAGAGGCUGCCAACCUGCGCGUGCUGGAGAAGGAGAAAAGGAAAAGGGCCCGCAAAGAGCUGCUCAACUUCUAUGCCUGGCAGCAUCGCGAGAGCAAGAGAGAGCACAUUGCCCAGUUGAGGAAGAAAUUUGAGGAGGACAAGCAGAGGAUCGCACUGAUGCGAGCCCAGCGCAAGUUUCGGCCGUACUAGGUUGUGCUGAGCUGGUCUUCAGGUGCCUGUGCUGGAGAGGGUAGGACAGAUGCCUAUUGACUCCAUUUGCCAAAGGAUUUUGAGGAAUUGAGGCAGCUUUGGGUUGCCUCUACCCUUGGAUCUGAAAUGGGAGAACCCAGCAACUGCUGCUGGAGGAGAGUUCCCUUUACUUGCACCAGCAUCCUCCUGCUCUUCUGUCAUUCAGCCCCAUGGCACCACUUCUCAGGGUGUUCAUGUCAAGGGCCUGAGGCACAUCCUGUGACAACCUGUAUCUCCCUGCCACCCAAAACCACACCUCCUAAAGCUUGGUGAGAACUGGGAUUGACCUAGCGCAGCCUCUGCAGGGGCAGGGAAUGGCUGAAGAACUGUAAAUAAACUGCUGCUACUGUUUUCA